GCAUAAGACACUCGGUUCUGUGGAGGAUUCAUCGCUCGUGAAUCGUGACCUGAGCCAAGAAAAAUAUCAUCAACCCCCGAGAAAAUCUUCCAGUGAUUUCGUCAUUGAAACGAAGGCCGUGAAUAAUUCACCACCAUGGGAAAGGAAAAGAUCCACAUAAACAUAGUAGUGAUUGGCCAUGUUGACUCAGGAAAGUCAACAACGACCGGUCACUUGAUCUACAAAUGCGGUGGAAUUGACAAGCGUACGAUCGAGAAAUUCGAAAAGGAAGCUCAAGAAAUGGGCAAAGGUUCCUUUAAAUACGCCUGGGUUUUGGAUAAACUUAAAGCAGAACGAGAGCGUGGUAUCACAAUCGACAUUGCUCUCUGGAAAUUUGAAACGGCAAAAUAUUAUGUAACCAUCAUUGAUGCCCCAGGACAUCGUGAUUUCAUCAAAAACAUGAUCACUGGAACGAGUCAAGCUGAUUGUGCUGUGCUGAUCGUAGCAGCUGGAAUUGGAGAAUUCGAGGCUGGAAUUUCGAAAAAUGGUCAAACUCGUGAACAUGCUUUGUUGGCCUUCACUCUGGGAGUAAAGCAAUUGAUUGUAGGAGUCAAUAAGAUGGACAUGACCGAUCCACCAUAUUCUGAGAGUCGAUUUGAAGAAAUUAAGAAAGAGGUUUCCUCAUACAUCAAGAAAAUUGGUUACAAUACUUCUUCGGUUGCAUUUGUUCCAAUUUCUGGAUGGCAUGGUGAUAACAUGUUGGAAUCUUCCCCUAAGACUUCUUGGUACAAGGGGUGGAAAGUUGAACGGAAGGAUGGAAAUGCUGAUGGAAAAACAUUGAUUGAAGCUCUGGAUGCUAUUCUUCCUCCUUCUCGACCAACUGAUAAGGCACUUCGACUUCCUCUUCAGGAUGUUUACAAGAUUGGAGGAAUUGGGACAGUACCUGUAGGUCGAGUUGAGACUGGUAUCCUGAAACCAGGUAUGCUCGUGACGUUUGCUCCGGCAGCUUUGACCACUGAAGUGAAAUCCGUUGAGAUGCAUCAUGAGGCUUUGACAGAAGCCCUUCCUGGUGACAAUGUUGGUUUCAACGUGAAGAACAUCUCAGUAAAAGAGCUGCGACGUGGAUACGUGACAGGAGAUUCAAAGAACCAGCCUCCAAGAGGAGCAGCAGAUUUCACUGCCCAGGUUAUUGUUCUCAAUCAUCCAGGUCAAGUCAGUAAUGGGUAUACCCCAGUACUCGACUGUCACACUGCCCACAUUGCUUGCAAAUUCGCUGAAAUAAAGGAAAAGUGUGAUCGUCGAACUGGAAAAACUACUGAGGAAAAUCCGAAGAGUAUUAAAAGUGGAGAUGCUGCUAUAGUUGUGCUGCAACCAACAAAGCCUAUGUGUGUCGAAGCAUUCCAAGAGUUUCCGCCUCUGGGGAGAUUUGCUGUACGCGAUAUGCGUCAGACAGUCGCUGUGGGUGUCAUAAAGAGUGUGAACUUCAAAGAUACUCAGGGCAAGGUUACAAAAGCCGCGGAAAAGGCCCAGAAGAAAAAGUAACCAUCAAGCUUCCUCGGAAGCUCGAAGACCGCAAGCAGAAAACAUCCAAAAGGAAUCCUCCAAAGAUCCUCCGGCGGGGUGCAAUUUUCUACAAUUGCUCAAUUUUUUUCACCCUUU